CGGCCUUGCUGAGGCGGCGGCGGCGGCGGUCGCCGUCAUGGCGGUCAUCGUGGAGUCGCGGCCGGAGCUGGUGGGGAAGCGCUUCUUGUGCGUCGUCGGCGCCGGGGGAGAGGAGCCUCGGGAGAAAGGGCGUUGGAGAGCCGGCGUCAUCCGCACCGUCUCCCACCGGGACUCGCGCAGCCCCGAGUUGUCGGUAUAUGUGGAAUUUGAUGAUCUUGAAUGGGAAAAACGAGAAUGGGUUAAAGUUUAUGAAGACUUUGCAGCAUUCCUUGUGGAAUACCAACUGAUCUGGGCAAAGAGGAAGGAUCCUAGCCAGUCUCAGGGAUCAAAAAUCAAGCAUAUUCAGUGGCCUGCACUGACUUUUAAACCUUUGGUUGGGAAAAGUGUAUACAGUUCUAUUACUGCAGUUGAAUUUCUUGUGGACAAACAACUGGAUUUCAUAUCUGAAGAUAGUGCCUUUCAGCCCUAUCAAGAUGAAAUAGACAGUUUAAACCCAGUUCUCAGGGAUAAUCCGCAGCUUCAAGAGGAAGUAAAAAUCUGGGUGAAGGAACAAAAAGUGCAAGAGAUUUUUAUGCAAGGUCCUUAUUCUUUAAACGGCUAUAGGGUGAGAGUAUAUAGACAGGACUCUGCCACCCAGUGGUUCACUGGUAUAAUUACUCAUCAUGAUCUGUUCACUCGCACUAUGAUUGUUAUGAAUGAUCAGGUAUUAGAGCCACAAAAUGUUGAUCCAUCUAUGGUUCAGAUGACCUUUCUAGAUGACGUCGUUCAUUCUUUGCUGAAAGGUGAAAACAUAGGCAUUACGUCACGACGCAGGUCUCGUUCCAGUCAGAACAGCAACACAGCUCACGGCCACUAUACCCGAGCUCAAGCAAAUAGCCCGAGGCCAGCAAUGAAUUCCCAAAAUGCAGCACCAAAACAAAAUUCACAGCAAUUACAACGAAAUGCUCGUCCAAAUAAAAGGAAAGGUUCCGAUAGUAGCAUGCCAGAGGAAGAGAAGACUAAAGAAGAAAAAUAUGACUAUAUAAGCCAUGGAGAAAAUUCAAAAAGUAAAAAUAAACCAUUUAUGUUUAAAAGAAGAAAACCAGAAGAAGAUGAAAAAAAAAUGAGUGCGAAGAGACAGCGUACAGACAAUACUUCAGACAGUUCAGAGAGUAGUGACUCUGAAAAUUCAAACAAAAGAUUGACAGAUUCUUCCUCAGAGCAAAAUUCAGAUACUGAAUUGAAAAGCAAAAAUGUUGUAAAGAUAAAUGGGAAAGAAGGAAAAUCCCAGAGUGACAUGGCAGAAGACAAGAACCUAAUAGGCAACCAGUGUCCCUGGCAUGAAGUGCAGGAAGAUAAAAAACAACAAAUGGAAAGACCAGAAUCAGCUGAUUUGGAAUUUCAAGAAGUUUCACUCUAUCGAGCUGAACUGCCAACAGUCUAUGAUCGUAGUGAUAAUGACGGCUGCAUUCAAGAGUGCAGAAUAGAAAAUAAGCAUCCCAGAGAGCGUUUAACUGAUGAACAAUUUGUAACCAAUUGUCCCACACCAAAAAGUUAUAUUGACACAAUUACUGAAACCAGUUCAGUUAACCAGACUCAGGAAAACUUUUCAAGUAGUUUUAGUUUACAAACUGGUCAGGAAACAGCAUCUCUUAUCAGUGAUUCUAAACACCCAUUUACAAAUACCAACAUUCUGGAAGUAAAAAAAUCAGAAACUAUUGAGAACUGGAUUAAUAAUGCCAAUAAAAUGGAUCUGAUGCAAUCAAACGUUGGGAAAAAUAUAUCCGCAAAUGAACAUAUAAAUUCUGAAAACAUUCACUGCGGUUCUGCCCCAUCUUUAACUGUAAUAUCUCUAGCAGAAGAAGGCAGAGUUCGUAAACAAACAGCAGUCUCUGAUGCUAUGAAGUCAAAAACUAAUCCACAAGUUGAAAACACUAAAAUCAAGCCAAACAGCUCACCAGAAAUUAAAUAUAAGCCUCCCCAGUCGCCUGACACUGUGAAAUCCAAGGUUAAUUACCUUAACAGCCAUGUUAUUGGCGUAACAAAGACAGUGGUUAAAACGGAACCUGAUUUGCCCAGGUCUAUCUUUCAUCCAAUUCCACCUAGAGUUACUUCAUUAGAAGUGACUAAAAACCCUCUUUCUGUUGACAAAAAAGAACAUUUCACAAUUUACAGAGAUCCCAUUCUUCUUGGUCAAGAAACAGGAACUAAUCACAUGACACCCUAUUUACAUCAGCAUAAUUACCCACCUCAUUCCACUUCCCAUAGAACUUCUUUAAAUCCAAGCACUCAUCACUCUGCAUUAACAGGCACACCCCAUUUAUUAGCCGAAUCCUCCAAUCAAACUCCAUUGUCUGCUAUUAACACUCAUCCUCUUAGCAGUGCAUCUCAUCACUCUGUUCACCAUCAGCAUCUGCUCCCUGCAGUGCUACCAGGCGUGCCUACAGCCUCUUUGUUGGGAGGCCAUCCACGGCUAGAAACAGCUCACGCAAGCAGUUUAAGUCAUUUAGCAUUAGCACAUCAGCAACAGCUGCUCCAGCAUCAAUCGCCACAUCUUCUGGGGCAAACUCACCCAUCUACUACAUAUAAUCAUUUAGGACUUUAUCCAAUUAUUUGGCAGUAUCCAAAUGGAGCACAUGCUUAUACAGGACUUGGGAUACCGCCGUCUAAAUGGGUCCAUUCGGAAACUGCUGUUAAUACCGAGAGUUCUUUGAGAAGAAAUACUCCUAGUCCUUGGUUACACCAGCCCACCCCUGUGACCUCGUCUGAUGGUCUUGGAUUGCUGAGUCAUAUUCCCGUAAGACCGUCUAGUGCAGAGCCACAUCGGCCACUUAAAUUAACAUCCCACUCUAGUCCUCCCUUGUCAAAAGGCAUCGUGGAUCGCCAUAAAGAUGAAUUGGAGAGGAAGGGAAUUUUUGAAUCUCUGCACUCGGCAAAAUCAGAUCUCGAACAGAACAGAUCACAGGCUGCAAAAGAAGGCCACUUACAAAGACAAUUUGUGGAUCCUCUGCAAAGAUCCUUUCAAGAGGCAGGGGAGAGACUAAGCAAGUAUAAAGAAGAACACAGACGAAUACUGCAGGAAAGCAUUGAGGUUGCCCCUUUCACAUCCAAAAUGAAGGCCCAUGAAAAUGAAAAGGAGUCUUAUUCCAGAAUAAUGCCUUUAUCAUCCUCUAGUCCCAAAAGCCACGGAGGAAAACCUGACAAAGAUUCAGAACUCUAUAAAAUGAAGCAUUCAGUACCACAGAGCUUGCCACAGAGUAAUUACUUCACCACCUUGUCUAAUAGUGUGGUGAACGAACCUCCACGAAUGUACUUGCCAAAGGAAAUUGCAGGCACGUGCACUGAUAAACAGAAUACUUGUCCGUCAACAACAGCUGCUUCUACUCAGUCACUCACUUCUUUCACGUCAUCCCUUUCAAAACCUCCACCUUUGAUUAAACACCAGCCAGAAACUGAAAGCUCAGUGGGCAAGGGAAUAGAUCAGCUUUCACAGCAAAUGACGUCCCAUUCAGUAAACUCGUUUAGAAGUAACAGCGGAAGCCCUACUCAGUUAACAAUUUCAUCUUCUGGCUCACUCCGAACAAUGCCUGCUUUACACAGAGCACCUGUGUUUCACCCACCUGUCCAUCCCAACUUGGAGAGAAAAGAAGGCAGUUAUAGUAGCCUUUCUCCUCCAACCUUAACUCCCGUGCAGCCUGUUAAUACAGGUAACAAAAUCCAUGAGUUACAGAAGCCACCAACUUUAGUACCUGAGCCAAAGGAAACACAGAAUAGUUACAAGAGUGUCACGGAUCAGAAACUUUCAGCUCUAUGGAAAAAUAAUAGUUGUCCAAAUAAUGAAAAAAUAGAAUGGCACCUGGAAAGAACUCAUGGGAAAUCAUCUUCUGCCACAGCGUCUGUCAUUGUACGCCCACCUUCAAGUUCAAAGUAUGAUACGGUAUCUGUCGUGCAGUCAGCUCCCAAAGUGCAAGUUGCUGAGAGAUUAAAAGGAAUAAAUCAAACAGUUUGCCUUAAAUCAGUGGAAGCCAAAGAGAUUGGGAGAACAGUUGUGUCAAAAAUGAAUUCAGAUGUGAUUCAUACCUGCUAUGAAAAGAAUUUUCCAGCUGCUUCCCAGGGCAGUGUUCCCAGUUCGGUCGUACAAACCACAACUGUGUUAUGCAGUACAAUAACAGAUGUUGUCACGUCUGUGACUACUUCUGAUGUACUAGGUACAGGCAGUUCACAAGUGACAGAUUGUCUGCCAAAAGCAGGGUUACCCUGUACGCCAAUAGACAGUGCUGCCUCUAGGCCCAUAAAUAAGGAUGUGGCACACAUAGAGGAAUGUAUUGUCAGCUCGACAGCUCCUGUUACAGUGGCUUGCAGCAAAACAGAAAGUAGCCUUCAGAUGAGCACUGCAUUCUCUGGCCCAUCAGACUUUGUUCACUUGAAAAAGCACAAGGCAGCAUUGGCUGCAGCUCAGUUUAAAAUUAACAGUACCAAUGAUACUGAAUCUCAUACUGUGAAAAACCUAAUAUAUCCAGCCUCCGUUUCUGUGGAUAGUGCUGUCAACUCAAGUACAGUCAACAAAGGAAGUACUCUGAGUGGUGGGCAAAUUUCCCAGACGAGUCAAGCAAACUAUCACACCAAAUUAAAAAAAGCUUGGCUCACGAGGCAUUCAGAAGAAGACAAAAUCACUAAUAAAAAGGAGAGCUCAGAAAACUGUGUCUCAGAAAUGAUUAAACCAUGUACUGUUAACUUAAUUGCUUCUACAUCAAAUGAUUUGCAAAACAACAUAGACAAUAAAUUGGCAGGGGAAAAGCUUGUGAAAGAAGAGAAACAUGCAAGGAGAAAAACAAAAAGAUUGUAUGAAUCUGGCUCUGAAAGUGGAGAUUCUGAUGAGAGUGAGAGCAAGUCAGAGCAGAGGACAAAACGGCAGCCGAAGCCCACGUACAAAAAGAAACAGAAUGAUUUGCAGAAGAAAAGAGGAGACCUGGAGGAAGAUGUAAAACCCAAUGGGCUUCUCAGCAGGGGUGCCAAAGAAAAAAACAAAUUGAAGUUACAGAGUGGCAACAAUAACACUGGCAUACCUCGUUCAGUAGUAAAGGACUGGCGUAAAGUAAAGAAGCUGAAACAAACUGGAGAAUCUUUUUUGCAAGACGAUUCUUGCUAUGAAAUAGGACCCAAUUUGCAAAAAUGCAGAGAAUGUAGACUGAUUAGAAGCAAGAAAAGUGAAGAAUUGGCUCAUUCACCAGUAUUUUGUAGAUUCUAUUACUUUCGCCGGCUUUCUUUUAGCAAAAAUGGAGUGGUUCGGAUUGAUGGCUUUUCUUCUCCCGAUCAGUAUGAUGAUGAAGCUAUGAAUUUAUGGACACAUGAAAGUUACGACGAUGAUGAAAUGGACUUAGAAACUUGCAAAUACAUCUUAGAACAUAUAGGUGACAAAUUUUGUCAGUUAGUGACAUCUGAGAAAACAGCAAUGUCCUGGAUCAAAAAGGAUGCCAAAAUUGCUUGGAAGAGAGCAGUCAGAGGAGUCCGCGAAAUGUGCGAUGCCUGUGAGGCCACCCUGUUUAAUAUCCACUGGGUCUGCCAAAAAUGUGGAUUUGUGGUCUGUCUAGAUUGCUAUAAGGCUAAGGAAAGGAAGAGUUCUAGAGAUAAAGAACUGUAUGCAUGGAUGAAAUGUGUGAAAGGACAACCUCAUGAUCAUAAACAUUUAAUGCCAACUCAAAUUAUUCCUGGAUCAGUUUUAACGGAACUUGUUGAAGCAUUACAUAUUCUUAGAGAGAAACAUGAAAUUAAACCCUAUUGUCAGUGUGGCAGCAAACAGAAUGUACAAAUUGGCAGGUUUCCCCCAGUGAAUGGAGUAUCUCAGAUUUUACAGAAUGUCCUUAACCACAGUAAUAAAAUUUCUCUGUGCAUACCUGAGUUACAACAACAAAAGCCAUCUCAAAAACCUGAAGCAAAUGGCAACGCAAGCCCAGGAAGUGACAUAAGUUCGGAGAGCAAGUUAAAUCCUCCCGAGUCACAAUCCCCACUGCAUUGGUUGGCAGAUCUAGCAGAGCAAAAGGCUAGAGAAGAAAAAAAAGAAAACAAAGAUUAUCCCCUUGGAAAGCAUACAAAGGAGGAACAAGAGCAAGACAACUCAGAAUCUCUUAAUUUCAAGGUGUCAACUCCUUUGUCUCAAAAUAAUGAGCAGGGCUCAACAUUACGAGACCUGCUGACUACGACAGCUGGCAAAUUGCGCCUAGGCUCCACAGAUGCUGGCAUUGCUUUUGCUCCAGUUUAUUCAACAGGAACUGCAAGUAGCAAAAGUGGAAGGACUAUGCCAAACAUUCUUGAUGACAUAAUUGCUUCAGUUGUAGAAAACAAGAUACCACCAAAUAGAACAUCAAAGAUAAAUGUAAAAUCUGAAAUGAAGGAAGAGACAAAGAACAACAGAAAAAGCAUUUCAGAUGAUAACCGAUUAUUCAAUCAUAUUCCACAUUCAUGGAUUUGUAAUAAGCAUGUUUUGUGGCUCAGCGAUCAUGAAAACAGCAACAACUGGAAACUCUUCAAAGAGUGUUGGAAACAAGGAAAGUUUGUAUUAGUCUCCGGAAUCCACAAAAAAAUGAAUGCCAGCUUGUGGAAGGCAGAUUUCAUUAGUUCAGAUUUUGGUGAUCUCAAAGCUGAUCUUCUGAAUUGCAAAGAUAGCAUUACUGCAAGUGGCAAUGUCAAGGAAUUCUGGGAUGGUUUUGAAGAAAUUUCAAAGCGGCAAAAAAGUAAAAAUGGAGAAACCAUUAUACUGAAGCUGAAGGACGUGCCUUCAGGGGACGAUUUCAAGACCAUGAUGCCUGCAAGGUAUGAAGACUUAUUAAAAAGUUUACCGCUGCCUGAAUAUUGUAACCCGGAGGGAAAACUUAAUUUGGCUUCGUACUUGCCAGGAUUUUUUGUGCGCCCAGAUUUGGGACCUAGAUUAUGCAGCGCAUACGGUGUAGCUGCUGCAAAAGACCAUGAUGUAGGAACUACAAAUCUUCAUAUUGAGGUAUCUGACAUUGUCAACAUCCUUGUCAGUGUUGGUAUAGCAAAGGGGAAUGGAGUCCCUUCAAAAUCAGGGGUAUUAAAAAAGUUUGAAGAAGAAGAUUUGGACGAUCUGCUAAGAAAAAGAUUGAAGGAUUCAAGUGAAUUGCCAGGUGCCUUGUGGCAUAUUUAUGCCAACAAGGAUGCCGACAAAAUAAAGGAGUUUCUGCAAAAGGUUGCAAAGGAACAAGGUUUAGAUGUAUUACCAGAGCAUGAUCCAAUACGUGAUCAGAGUUGGUAUGUAAACAAAAAACUCCGGCAAAGACUGUUUGAAGAAUAUGGAGUAAAAACCUGUACUCUCAUCCAGUUUCUUGGUGAUGCUGUGAUUUUACCAGCAGGAGCUCUGCACCAGGUGCAAAAUUUUCAUAGCUGUAUUCAAGUAACAGAAGACUUUGUAUCCCCAGAACAUCUUACACAAUAUUUUCAUUUAACACAAGAACUUAGGCUCUCAAAGGAAGAAAUCAACUAUGAUGAUAAGCUGCAGAUAAAAAAUAUAUUAUGUCAUGCAGUUAAGGAAAUGGUAAGAGCUUUGAAAACUCAUGAACAUGAAAUUGAAGAUAUUGAAGAAAAUUAAAAUGUAUGGGUUCCCUCCUUGGGCUCAGAAGAAAAUAACCGAUCGUAUUUUUCUUUACGAUAAAGAGUGUCUUCACUAAUAUAAGCUGCACGAACUAUCAGUGCCAAGAAAAUAUGUUUCUUAUAUUUACUUGCUACUGACACUGCAACAAAAUAGGCUCCUCUUUCAGUGCUUUUGAAUUUAACUUGAGUUUUUUUGAAAUGGGAAACUCUAAACAGCAUUGAGCUAUUAUGUAUUAUAGUGUAAAUAAAUUUUUCAAACUGUCAAAAGUUUAAGAUGUAUUUAUUUUUGGAAAAAAACUACAGAAUUCUAUGCUCUAUUGUUGAUCAAAUGUAAAUGUGAUUUGUACAGUUUGUUUAAAAUAACUUGGAUAUUUUUCACUGCAUUGAGACAGUUAACUGUGAGAGUAGGAUACAAACACCAGCUAUUGCCUGCAAUUGAAAUAUUGCUGAAUCCGCACAGCAGUCAUGUCAUGAUCUGAAAAUUACUGCCAAAUAACUGUAAACUUUGUAUCAUAAAAAUAUAUGAAAUAUAUGCUACAGACACUUCAGUAUUUUAUUGAAGCUAUUCAGUGUACAAUUAAACAUUUUCAAAAAUGUGUAAUUUAUUUAAAAUUUGUCUCAUUUUGGUAAAAUUUAUGUGAACUUUUAAAGCUAAAUAUAAAACUUAAUAUGCUAUGUAAAUAUAUACAUAUAUACAUUCAAUAAUGUAUUUUUUUAAAACAUUGGCUUGCUUUAAUUUGUUAAAAGUGCAAGUGUUAAACAUGCUUUGUACAUCAAAAGUUGAAAGGGGUUUUACAUUUUCCAUUAAAAGGACUUUAUCAAG